UAGUGGUCAUGUAUGCUGCAAUUGGGGUCUGUUUUGAGGUCUGGUGUCCCAGCUGAUCUGGAAAAAUGACUCUAUAAAUAAAUAAACAAUAACAGUCUGUAAACAGAUACAAGUACAAUGUCGACUGAUAAUAUAUUGUUGUUGCCCAUCGAUGUUUUAGUUAAUAUAUUUAAGAAGUUAACAUUAUCAGAUCUUCGCAAUGUAUUGUUGACUUGUAAGACGUUCCAUAAUCUGAUCAAACAUGAUAAUACAAUUUGGAGACCCCAUUUCCGAAACAAAUUGAUGAUCUUAAACCGCAGUUCAGCACAAGAAUUAUGGUAUAAUCGAUGCAGAACUUCCCAUAACUGGUGCAAAGGCUUUUACAAAACUAAGAUGAUAGUUCACCACUACACCAACUACAUGCCAUGGUUAAUAUUUCCCAACUCAGAAGUUUUAGUGGUAUCAAUGGGGUCGGAACUUUAUUCAUACGCAACAAAUAAAUACGGAACACUGAAUUAUAAAGAGGAUCUAUGGAAAUUAGAGGUGCCCAAGAUAAAGAGGAGUGAUGUGAGAACCAAUGACAUUUCUCGAUUUGUAUUGCGGAAUAAUUUUAUGGUUUGCGGUAACAGAGAUGGCUGUACAGCAAUAUACAAAGUAAACAAUAUAAGAAGGAGGCCAUGGCUACAGUACCACAUACAAGACUGUCACGAUAAUGGCAAUGUGGAAGUCUCUGCAGUUGAGCUAAUAGACGGGAGAAAUCAAUUGAUGCUUAUAACAGGAUCCACUCAGUGUGCUAGUAUACAAUUCUGCAGUUUAAGAAAAGACAAUAGUGAAAACAAAACAUUCAUUCAUAAAGGCAGUGAUUUGAAUGUACUAAAUAUAUCUGUGUAUAAAAAUGCUGGCACAAAAUGCAUGGCUCUAAAUAAUGGGGCAGAUAAACUAGCGAUAGGUCUCAAUGGAAAUAGUAAGCCCCUAGUACUUGAUGUCAGUAGCCCCAGAUUCCUGGUAACGGCAGAUGCUACAAAUAACCUCAAACAAGCAGUGCGUGACAUACAGUGGCAUGAUGAAAACACUAUAGUAUAUGUCACUCACUCAGGCUUGCUGGAAAUGAUUGAUAUAAGGACGAAAGAAAUGAUCUACAGUACAAGAGAUCCUUUUCAAUCAACACUUUAUUGUGUGAAAUCUGAUGGUCAUAAUGCUAUUGUAGUGGGAUCGGCGGAAUAUUCACGUUGCGUGUUAUUUGAUUCACGCAAUCAAAAUAAUCAUGUUCAGAUGUAUUUUACGCAAAGAAGAACAUCACCUGUAUAUAGUUUAGAAUUUGACGCGCACCAAUUGGUGACAGCAGUCGAUAGGGGAGUCGGUACAUUGAACUUCAAUCUUAUUAUUCCCACAGAAAGACAAAAAGAUUACUCUCAUGUAUUUUCCUGAUAAGCAGUACAUACAUAAUUAAAUUAAUAUAUUAUUAUUAUACUGUAA